AUGCAAGGAGAUGCCAAAAGCGGGAAAGAGGCAGAGAGUGCUGGGAAUUUUAUGGAAGACGAGCAAUGGCUCUCAACCAUAUCGCAAUAUAGCCGCAAGAUAAAACACUGGAAUCGCUUCCGAGACGAAGUAGAGGAUGAUUAUAUUCGUACUCUGGAGGAUCCCCAAGGCUCUGAGGAAACUAAUGUGGACACAACCAAGGACCCUUGUCAGAAGGUGAGAUGCAGCCGUCACAAGGUUUGCGUUGCACAGGGUUACCAGAGAGCCGUGUGCAUCAACCGCAAGAAGCUGGAGCAUAGAAUCAGACAGGCGGGACCAAAGGCUCCUGAGAGUGUGUGUAAACCGUGUCCAGUGGCUGCCUCAGGGCCUGUGUGUGGAUCAGAUGGGCAUAACUACGCCUCACCGUGUAAACUGGAGCAGCAGGCUUGUCUCACUGGUAAGGAGUUGAGUGUGAAAUGUUCAGGACUCUGUCCCUGUGCCACUGUUGCCAGUCCUCACACAGACUCUGAGUCGAAACACGACAGCUGCACUGGCCAGGACUUGGCGGAUCUGGGUGAUCGACUCAGGGAUUGGUUCCAACUUCUCCAUAGCAACGCCAAGCAGAACAACUCCGGCAAACAGGGCUCAGGCACAGCUUCAGUGCUAGAUCACAGUUUGGUGGCCAGUUGCAAAGAUUCCAUUGGCUGGAUGUUUUCCAAGCUGGACACCAAUAGCGACCUGUAUCUGGACCAAGCUGAGCUGGCUGCCAUCAACCUAGACAAAUACGAGGUCUGCAUACGGCCUUUCUUUAACUCCUGCGACAGUUACCAGGAUGGGAAGGUGUCCACGGCUGAGUGGUGUCUCUGCUUCUGGAGAGAGAAGCCUCCUUGUCUGGCAGAAAUCGAGAGAAUUCAAGUGCAAGAGGGCUCCAGGAGGAAACCAGGUCUGUACAUCCCUAGCUGUGAUGAGGACGGUUACUACAGGAAGCUCCAGUGUGAUCAGGCUCGGGCCGAAUGCUGGUGUGUGGACCAACAUGGAGGAGAGGUCAUCGGCUCACGUAUCCAUGGCAACCCUGACUGCGACGAGCUGAUGGGAUACUCUGGAGACUUUGGCAGUGGAGUGGGUUGGGAGGAUGAGGAGGACAAAGAGACGGAGGAGAACACGGAGGAAACAGAGGAGGAGGAGGAAGAAGGAGAGCAGGGAGAGGGAGACGAUGGAGGUUAUAUUUGGUAG